AUGCCAAGUCCCGGCUCUUCACCGAAGGGGUCCAAAGGCAAGUCCAAGAGCAAGUCCAAGGGCUCGGCCAAGGGCAAGUCCAAAUCCGGCCUGAGUCCCGAGGAGCUGGAAAAGUUAUGUUUCGGCCGAAGACGUUACGACAACUUGGAGGCGGUGUUCAUUAAAAAGUCCACUAACAUUGUCCUGUUUUGCGACAAGAUUCACAUCUAUGAGGUGUGGCAUCGACUGCCUGUGCUUUUCACGGAGGAGGCCGAGCCGGGUAGCGGUGGGGAGAAAAGCGGUUCAAAGAAGGGUUCGAAAAAGAGUCCAAAAGGUUCAAAGGACAGCCCAAAGGGUUCAAAGGGCAGCCCAAAGGGUUCCAAGGGUUCCAAGGGUUCCAAAGGAGGUAAAGGUUCAAAAAAAUCCAAAGGUUCAAAAGGCUCCAAGGGUUCAAAACAAAAAGGCGCACCUGCAGAAAAGACCUACGACGAGCCCAUCUUCGUGGACGACAGACCCGAGUUGGGCGAAUACGACAGAGCCAAUCUGGUGGGUGCUGUGGCCUUUCCAAAGAUUCUCUGCAAAAACGGAUAUAAAAUUUUUGUUGAGAUCACUGCAGAUUUCGCGUACUACGACUACGGCAAGGUUCCACCUUUCCCCGAAACAGUUGUAUGCAAAAGAAGGUGCUACAGGGAUCAUUGCUACAUUUAUCCCUAUAAUUUUGAUCAAAUGGCACCCUACUCAACAUUCGCGCAAGAAAUGUUACUAAAGGUGAAGCACGAGUAUCCUAGGGGCUGGCAGCUAGUCCCGUUCGUGUUUGACCUCACCCGUAAACCCGACUCCUUCGCUUUCUCAAGGCCGUACUACGCAGAAAACCCAACAGGCCUUCACUGGAAUGUGCGCGCGUUCGUCGGAAUGACCGAGUACUGUAUUCCCCCACCCGAAAAUGAGGUCUCAAUGGCGUUUUACAAAUACACAAUCACCCCAGCAUCAAGGCCCCUAGCCAUCCGACCCUCAAUCACCAUCGAGUACAAUCGAUGGUUGUGUCUAGAGGAUCAAGGCUCCCUUGUACUGUCGGCCACCCUCGAUAAGGACAUUUAUUACCACGGUGAAGAGGUAAACAUAAGCGUUCAGAUCUCUAAUGACUCAAUGCGGCAUUCGGUGACAGCCAUCAGUGUCUAUAUUGAACAGACCUACACGUUCCACUCGCAAAUACCCCACGACAAUAGUAUUCCGCUAGUGGAGACUUUUGCUCAAUCUGGCCAGCUGGGACUGCCCAUUGGACCGAAGAACAAGGGCUGGUUUAACACAUUCACCCUCCGUCCCGUCUAUGACCCCUACAAGUACAAUCUUGCGUUAGACGGACGAAUGGGCAGGGACAAAAAGAUGUUUCUGGCCGAAAGCUCUGUAAUUAUGCGAAGGGAUCUGGUACUAGUUGACGUUCCACCGCCAGAAUCAGAUGGAGAUAAAAAGGACGGAAAGAAAGGCAAGGGCAGUGGUAAGAAGAGCAAGUCUGAGGGCAGUAAGGGCUCCAAAUCGAAGGACAAGAAGAGCCCAAAAUCCAAGGAGAAAAGUCCAAAAUCAAAGGGAGGCAAAGGUGGCAAAUCCAAGGGCAGCAAAGGCAGCAAGGGCAGCAAACAGAAGGGCUCCAAAGGGGAGGAAGCGGCCGAAGAGGAAAUCCCCGUGGACCCCGAGUGCAUAAUGCCGAAUUUCCGCGAGGUGAAUGUCUUCACGACGAGACAGGAGUGUCGAAUUGUCAACAUCUCCUACCAAGCCGUGGUGAGGCUGACCCUGGGGGACGAGGCGGGUCACCCCAUCGUACGAGUCCCCUUUGUGCUGACUCGAAACUCACGCUACAUCGACCAAUUGCCAGAGAGAAUGCCACCGGUUUUCGCACAGUGGGAGAUGCACUGA